AAGCUGGCCCCGAUCUACCUGGGGUCGGAGUACAAGGAGGAGUACCUGUCACACAAUGUGAACUUGACUUUUACGCCGAAUUCCGACAAGAUUAGCAACGACGAGAAGUACAGGCUGUACGAAGACGCGCGGGUUUGUUUGACCCACAACGUGCUGCAGAUUCACUUCCGAAACGGUGCGAACAGCUUUGUGCCAAAAUGGGUGCGGAGGCAGCUGUAUGACUUGCAAAAGUAUCGCACUCGUAUAAAUGCAUUACAAAUUUCCGCAGCAGUAGAAAUAGAAUUUGUAAUCAUGCUAAUUUGCCUUAAGAAAGGACAGGAUCUGUAAUGCAUAACUACAAUACGAGUACGAUACUUUUGCACAGGAUAAGCUGGAACUGAAAAAUCCGCAAGUCAUGAACCCGCUGUUCCGGGACUUUUUCGUGAGAAGAAGAGCCGGGGAUAAGGCACGAGCUGGGAUAAACGCGGAAAACGUUCUCGAAAGCAGUGGAUUUUUAGGCUCAUCCUCUGACAUUACGACUAUGUCAGAGUCGUCCACUUCAGAGCAGCAGCAGCUCCGGUUUUCCCGCGCAAAUAAAAAACAAAAACUCUCGUCCUUGGAAGCCUUUGCUGCUCAGCAGCUGGAGCAUCAUUCGGUGUACAACGUGAGUAUCCGGAAAAGUAUUGAAAAAUACGAAAGGAUACAAACGUUCGAGGAGUUCCACGAGAAAUACAGGCUCCGCGACCUCCAACACGAGAAAAUCCGGCCGCUGGGCUACCCGAGCGGCUUUCCGGUGGUAACGUUCCCGCAGCUGAAAGCCCGGGGCAUCGAGGCGGCCUUUGGCAAGUGCUUAAAUCUGGUGUUAGCGGAUCACUGGGGGCUGUUGGAGGACUUCUUCGUCCCCGGGAAGCACUUUCUGUACGUCAAAGACAUCGACGAAGCCCUGGAAAUCGUGCGACGGGUAAAGGAGUUGUAUAAUGCGGAUUCUGCAGAUGAAGGAGCAUAUGCAGCAAGCACAGAGGAGGAACGAAGACGGGACGCAGCAGAGCGAAAAUUUAUCGAAGACAUGACCGACGCUGCGUAUGAGCAUGCGAGGACCGCCUAUACUUUUUCUGUCUUGAACAGGAAGAUUGACGACAUUAUCUUGAACGAGUGAAAGCAUUUAAUAUGAACAUGCAGGUGGAGGACUUAGAUAGAAGCUGGCGACAUCAUCGAGUCUUGUGAU